GGGGUCUGGGCAGGGACAGGGGCUGGGCUGGGUGAUCCCUUCAGUCCCUUCCAGCUCAGGAUAUUCUGUGAUCUUGUGUUCCUAUGAAAGAAAGGAAGGAAAUCACCUCUAACUCCAGAUCUGGAGUCCAGAGAGCUCUCCUUAGGGGGACAGCAGUUCUGGCUGGCAGUGCUUUAGCAGGGGCUCCCCUGGCAGCUGGAUUUGGGCACUUUCAGAAGCAGGUGGGGACAUUUUCCUGCUGCGGGAGGUCCAGGAGCCCUUCCCCUCUCUGCCUAGAGCUGCCAGGCUGUGCUGGAUGGCAACACCAGGGAAUUCAGGGUGUUCCAGGGGCAAAUCCACAUUUGGCAACCUUAAAUUCCUAAUUUUCCUGCUUUUGUGAGGUCAGUGCACAGGUCCUGAUGACCUUUAUUAAAUGUGGAGCUGUUUUAAAGGCAGAUCCAACCCAGUGAGCUGCUGACAGUCCCUCUAUCCCUUUCCUGCCAUCCCCAGCUUUGGGCUCCUGCUGUUUUCUCCCACCCUGGAGCCCAGCUGACCCCGGAGCAGGCAGAAUUUGGUAACCCUAGAGAAAAUGCAGCAGUUCCUGGCCCCUGGGGCAGCUCGUGGGAGGUGUGAGCAGCAGGAUGGGGUAUCCCAGGUGCUGUCCUGCUGCUGUGGGGCAGAACUACCCUGCAGUGUCCCCUGGAGGUGACAGAUGACUGUGUAAACAUAAUGCAGCUCCUCUCCCUUCUCUCUGCCUGCAUUAAACCUGCUCCGAUUUCCUUCUUUGCCUCUGUUUUCCUCACCUGGAAUCUCUUUCCCCUUUGUCUCUCUUCACUAGUUUUUGCAUUAAUGCAUAAUGGUAGAGAAAAGGCAAGAACCUGCUGAUCCCAGCUGAGGUCUUGGCUUUAAAGUCUUAAAGAAAAUACAAUUGAGAACCCUCUAGAUCAAUGUUCUGCUGAAAAAGUUUUCCCAAACUAAUCCAAGGAAGGAGCACAGCGUAAUGUUUCUUUGAGGUUGAAAGGAGAAAGUGCUAAUUUCAUGCAGAAAAGAUUGUAUCUUGGACUAGCAUAGGAAUAGAAAAUAAAUUGGUAUUAAAUUACUUUCGUCUGCCUCAAAAUAAUCUAAUAAAGCAUCUUCUGGAUCAAUAGCUGAAUCAUUAUCCCAGGCACAUAGCGAGCUUUGCCUCUUUUAAUUUGAGAUUCAAGAAAAGACGUUUUUGCAUUACCAUAGUAAAAAGAAUAAUACUUUAAGUCUUCAUAAGAAAAAGGCAGAAGUAGGAAAAAAAAGAUAAGAACCACACUCAGUGCCUUAAGCAAAUGUCAUUCUUCAUUUGAAACUUGUAAUUUAUGGGUAGUGUGAAAUAAAUUUUUAUAUUUAAUGACUGUCAAUCUGUCAGCUUUGCUGACAAAAAAAUCCAACAACGCAAAGUGAAAGGACUUUGUGUGCAGAAAGGGGGAAAAGGGCAAGACAAGGCUUUCAACAACUUUGUUCUCCUAAUUAAGGCUCACUAGGAGAAAAAAAAGGAAAGAGAUGGCACAGUUCUCCCCUGAAAAUGCAGUUUCAUCAAAAGAAAAUGAGAUGUGUCAGUGCUGGCUGCAGUGCACAGUCCAAACAAGGCUGACGUGGGGAGAAACUGCAACCACAUGCAGAUUGUGGUCAAAAAAGCUGGAAUCACAGGGGUGUGGAUUCCAAAUACUGCAAAGGAGCUCAGUUUAUCAAAGCAUGGAGUAAAUACUGAGAGAACAUGGUGAGAAUAGGCAAAAGCACACUAAAUGUGUGUAUCUGGUUAUUUAAAGCAGUGAGACUUCAAAUAGGUGCUGAAGAGUGACCUCAGAAAUGACAUUUAGGGUGUGAUGAAGGGUGAGGUUAUUUCUGGGGCUGGCAGGGGUGGGUGGGCACUGUCAGCCUGGGACAGUCCUCAAAUUUCUAUCUUGAAAAAGCAGAUUUUUUCAUUUCCCUGCAAUCAGUUUCCCUGUAAUAUAUUCAUUAAUGCAGCAGGUGGAACAGGGAGUACAAUGUAAGUCCAGGGCACCAAGCUGGGAAGAGAUACAAACAGUACAGAGCACUGAAUCACAAUUCCAAAUGAUCUUGAUAAGUGGGAGAAAUGAUCUGAAACCAAUAGCCUGAGCCUCCCUGCAGGGAGGAGUAGCUGAGAAAGGUGAAAUCAAAUACAUCAGCUCGGAGCAAUCCAUGAGCAGCUGCACAGCACUGCAGGAAUUUGGGAAAAUGGGGUGGGGGGACUCCCCAGAGGCAGCAGAUGCUGUGGUAAGGGGAGGGUAAGGCCAGGCUGGACAGGGCUUGGAGCAGUCUGGGUGGUGGAAGGGUGGACUCAGAUGGGAUUUAAGGUUCUUCCAACCCAAACCAUCCUGGCAGUCCAGCCUCUGGUGAUCCCAACACUCCUCUCAAAUGAGCAGGGGUUUGCUGCUGGAGGUGCUGAUGCCAAGACCUUUUGUGUCUUGCUGAGCAAGAGGGGCACAGGGACCGUGCUGCAGCUCAUUAUCCACACUGCUUUCAAGUUAUUGUUAACUUUCAAGUUAUUGUCCCACAGGGAUUUGCCUGGAGCUUUUUCCUGUGGAGAGCUGGCAGUGCUCUUGGCUUCUCGUGUUCCCUGUCAGCAUCUCUGUGUGGGUGAGGAGCAAACCAAGCCAAAACUUUUGAUGAGCGUUUGCAAAAGAACUCAAAGCUUCCCAUGGCCCUGUCUUGGGUGGGGAUUGGAGCUGGGCCUUGAGCUGGUGACAGAUUUAUGGGAUUUUUCCCAGUGCCUGGAUGGUGUUGCUGGUUCCAGUGUAACAGGAUCCCAUGAGGGUGAGUGGCUUUGGAGUUGCUCCUGUUGCCUGUGGAGCCACGUGAUGGGAUGAACUCACAGCUCUGGAGAGGCAGGGUUGCAGAACUCAUCCCUCCAGAAGAGCAGCCUUUGCUCCAGGAAGUGCACACAGACACUGCAAGAGCUGAUUGUUCCUUUUCUUUCAACCAUCUACCCCUGGAUUAGCUUUGUUCCAACCCUCCAUGGAUCCUGCAGCUUUUGGGCAGCUCUGACACCACAAUUCCCAGGCUAAGGAAUUUGGUUUUCAUGGUGUCUCAGCAUUGUCAGGCAAACAACUCCAACAUGUGCAGCACUCUGGAGGAUCCAUCUGACUGUGCCUGAGCCUCCUGCUUUUCUUCUGGAGCUGCUAGAGGGGAAACUUGCUCCACAUCAGCACAGCCUGGUUUGGGGAGGGCUACAACUCCUGCCCUCCCUGUUCUUCACUGCUUUCCAUGACCCUUUGAUGAACAGUGACCUCUUGUCAGCCUUGAGAUAUGUGUUUUCCUCUUCUGAUGUCUCCAGCCCUGUCUUGAAACACUUACAGGAACUGAUGUGGUGUAACUGUGGGAUUUGUAGUUCCUGAAUCCUGCCUGGCUGAUCCUAGAGGAGGAGGAGGAGAAGGAAGAGGAGAGCCUCCUGUCUGUGCCACUCUUCAGCUCUUCACACUCCUCAGGCUCCAGCUCCAGCUCUGGACCCCCACCCUGCUGCAGGUGAGGAGGAGAAUCUCCCCCUGUGGCUGUGCCUUGGGCGUGGGAACACUUCUGAGGAACUACAGAGGGUUAAACCCUCAUUUCUGAACAGCCCAGGGGAGAGUCACAUGCACCAGGGAGAUUUUGCAAGUCCCUGCGUGCAGCUCAGGGUGAGGAGGGGGAGGCAGGGGCACAGACCUGGGUAAUCCCUGCUCCCAGGGGACACAGGGACCUCAUCCAGCACAGGCUGGCACCUUCCUGCUUGGAGGUGGCACAGUGUGGCACCUGUGCAGUGCAGAGUGGGACAGGCAGCAGCAGGAGGAGGAGGCUGAGCUGCAUUCCCAGCACCAGGAGUGAGCUGGAGCAGGGCUAAAAAAUGCCUUGUGGCUCAUGGGAAGCAGGAUGCCCAGGAAGGCAGCAGUGGGAGUGAGGGUUUCACAAUCUGCUCCCCACUCAGCUGCUGUGGGGCUGGUUGGUGCUUCCCAGCAGGAAGAGAGGAAAAUGCUGAAUUAGAGAGAGAAAUGCUGAAUUUCUGACCAGAAAACACAGAAUCCUUCAAGGAGACACACCUUCAGCAUGGCCCAGAAAAGCCAGACUGGUGGAACUGAGAAAAAUGGGUCCUCCCUCCUGUACAGCAAGAGUGAUUUCAAGGAAGGAGCCCUGCAGUGGGUGACAGAACCCCCACAAGGCCGGGUGCUGCUGGUGCUCAGCAUGGACAACACCUGCCCCAGCUCCUCCUUCGACAUGGACCUUUGUGCUGACAAACUGCAGUCCCUCGGCAUCCAGGUGCCGAUGGAUCUGUGGAGAAGGCUGAUCCAGGAGGGAGUCCUGAGGCCCGAAGUGAGGCGGUACCUGUUCUACAGCUCCAGGGGCUUCCAGAUUGCCAUGGCUGUGGUUUUCUACAUCUCUCUCUGGACAAACCUUUACUCCACCCUCCAGCUGAGUUCUCUGGGCCACUCCUGGGGGGCUGGUGUGCUGGUGACACUGGUGGCCCUGGCUCUCACUGUCCUGGUGAUCCUGGUCAUUGAUGGGCACCAGAGGAAGCUAAACGUGAACACAGAUGUGAGGUUGGCAGCUGUCAAUGAAAUCUUUAUCAAACACAGCAUAAUCCUGGGGAUUACAGAUGUCCUGGACGGGCCACACAGCAUCCUACAACUGUGGUUUGUGCACUUCAGCCCCGAGCACUGCCUCCAGGCCCUGGCAGCCCACAUCACUCACCUGCAGGGGACACAGGCAGACUUGAGGCACAGGCUGAACAAGCUCUGGGUGGUCAUGGAUGUGGCAGCUCAGCCUGAGCUAGGGAUGGAAGAGGAAGCUCCAUGUGAAGAAUCCCCUCUUUUAUUCAGAGGGGAGACCCUGAAUAAAGAUCCUGUGACCUGCAGUGAGCUCCUGCCCCUCAUCCCUGAGGGCCCACCCCAGGCCAUGGCCCAGCAGCUCCUGGUGAUCUUCAGUGCGUGCUACGUGCGGCUCCUGGUCACGGGCCGGCUCCCUCGGGCCAGCCCAGGGGGACACCUGGGCCACAGCAGCGUCCCCUGCCCCUGCCAGUUCAUCCAGAGCACCGUGCUGUGCCGCUGCUGAGUCAGGAAUGACACGUCACCCUGUUCUUCUAAGUUCUUCUAAGCCUUCUGAUGUUUACGUUUUUGUAAUGGAGUUUCUCGUGCACUUUUACGUAAAUAAUGAUUGUUUUUGCAUUCUUCUCUAGAAAAGGAGAAAUUUGAUGGAAUGUUAGCUUAACCAGUGUUGUUAGAGAAGUAACAAUUUCAUCCUCCAAUCCACUUUUGAAAUUCUGUAUGUAUUGAAUUCGAGAAAUAAACUUUCUUCUUUUUACCUUA